AUGGCAUCAAGUUCAACAUGUCUGGUCCUCGGAUCUCCAGGAUCAGGAAAAACAAGCUUUAUCACCCGAUACCUCUACUCUUUCCACACUCCUACGUAUUUUCCAUCACAGCAUCCUAAGCACUACCGCUACACGCUUUCGUACCCCCCUCCGUCCUCUACCCUAGAGAUCGUCGAAAGUUGCAGUAUCCCUGAAAACUUGCCAUUUUCCUCAGUGCUUUUGGUGUAUGAUCCUUCAAAUCCAAGCUCUUUAGAUCAUAUAAGAGAUUUAUUAGUUGAGCUUAAAAAAUCUAGUAAGCAUCAGUUUGGGUGCUUGAUAGUGGCUAUAGUAAGAAACAAAGAAAGCGUGGCUUCUGGAAUAAAACUAGCCAAUGAAUAUCACUUAAAAUUGAUUUCAACUGACAUAAAAAAUAGAUUGACAGUGAAGAGAUGCUUCCAGAUGUGCUGGCAGUGGAUCAAAAAGAACUUGACCUGGGAAGACAGAAAAGGAGCAAUCUCAAUCAGAGAAAAAGUGAAAAAAUAUCGACUUGCUUAA